UUCCCUUAGUAGUAGCUAAGGGAUGUGUUGGUGACUCUAGAGGAGUCCUGAAGCCUUGGCGACCAAUUUAUACUAGAAUAUAAGAUAGUAGCAGGACCAAUGUUGAGUAGAGUAAUAACUACAGUGGAUUGACAUGAAUUUUGGGCAGAGUAUUGCAUUGUUCAAAGUUGGAUACAAGUGAUGGAUAAGAGUUGGAUGCAAAAGUCAAGGGUGAGCUUGGAAUAUGUUAAGGGCAUGAAGGAAUUCAUUGAGUUUGCAUUCAACAAUGCUGCUAGCGAGGGGAAGAUCUUAUGUCCAUGUGUAAAGUGCGCCAACCUCUUUUGGCGUGCUCAUAAAGAAGUGGUAGAUCAUCUUGUGUGUGAGGGAAUUAUGCCGAAUUACACCCGUUGGGUGUUCCAUGGGGAGGCGUCUUCUUCAUCGACUUCCAGCCCUGCAACUAGUACACAUGAUGAUAUGCCUCCACGUGAUGACAUGCAUGGAUUGUUGCAUGAUGUGUUUGGAAUAUCAGGUGUGGAUGACAUGCCAACUGAGUUGCCAUCACAGGAGCCAAUACAAGAGGAACCGAAUCCUAAAGCUGAAAGAUUCUUCAGGUUGUUGCAAGACGCUGAACAAGCCUUGUACCCGGGAUGUAAGAAGUUCACGAAACUCUCUUUUGUUGUUCGAAUGUAUCAACUUAAGUGCUUAAAUGGAUGGAGCAACAAGUCAUUCACCAUGUUGCUUGAAUUGUUGAAAGAAGUACUCCCCGAGGGUGAGACGUUGCCGAGUUCCUUUUAUGAGACCAAGAUGAUUAUUAAAGAACUAGGCCUCAGUUAUAACAAGAUCAAUGCAUGCCCCAAUGAUUACCAGUUGUAUUGGAAGACUAAUGUGAACGAUGAGUCAUAUGCUGUGUGCGGUAUAUCCAAAUGGAAAACGAUGGAACAUAAUUCUAAUGACGAUGAGGCAACAACUAUUCCCUCCAAAGUUAAGAAGAUUCUGGCAAAGACAUUGUGGCAUUUUCCAUUAAUACCAAGGUUACAAAGGUUAUUUAUGGAAGCACAAACAGCUAAAAACAUGAAAUGGCAUGACAAGGGACGAACCAAGGAUGAGUGCAUGAGACAUCGUGCUGAUUCUCCUGCAUGGAAAUCUUUUGACGAGCAACACCCAAAUUUUUCAUAUGAUAGUCGUAAUGUCAGGCUUGGGUUAGCAACUGAUGGAUUCAAUCCCUUCGGGACGAUGAGUAUUGCUCAUAGCACAUGGCCUGUUGUUUUGAUGUCGUACAAUCUACCACCGUGGAUGUGCAUGAAGCAACCUUACAUCAUGAUGUCUCUAGUUAUACCAGGCCCACAUGGUGUUGGCAAUAAUAUCGACGUAUAUCUAUAA